CGUCGCUUCGGCUUUCGGAAUUAUCCGUUGCCCUGAAAGACUGCCACUCAAUCAACAAUCAUAUUGUUACAUCGUCUUUCAUAGCCAUGGCCGCUCGUUUUGCGUCUCGUGCGUUAGUAAUCGCUCUUUUGUUGUGUUCGGUGUGCAGUGUUGUUGUUGCUCUAGAGAAUUCACAGGAUUCCCUAGUUGUUCGGGAAUCAGAAAUACACGAAUGUCCUUCCGUUGAGAAGCUCACUGCUCUCAAAAUUGCUGUGGAGGAUGAGGAAUCUCCAAUAAUGAGACAAGUAUUUGCGUGGUUGUUCCCGUUUGGUCCGGGUUGGAAUUCAGGCAAGGGGGUGCCAAAUUUUAUUCUUGCAUUUAUUCCCGCGGAGAUCCAUCCAGACACCCUCAAUACGAUGACUGCUUUCGCUACUGGAGGCCUUCUUUCUGACGUUUUUCUCCACCUUGUCCCCCAUGCGUUCAUGGGAGAACAUCAAGAUCCGGGCGCUCACUUCGUAAUGGUCGAAGAGAAGAGGAAUAUCCUCAUCGGGCUAGGUAUUUUUGUUGGAUUUGCUACCUUUUUCGUCAUGGAGAAAUCAUUAAGAGUGCUUGGGGGCGAGGAAGGACACAGCCAUUCGCAUGACCAUUCUCACACCCAUUCUAAAGAUGCUGUCAUAUCUGCAGAUUCUGCGCAAGCAUCUGGAGCAUCAACCUCCUUUUCACCUGAUGGUCUUCGAUUACGAGGUUCGGGGAAACAAAAUGAAGUAGAUCGUCAAGAACACAACGAACAAGCCCAUGCGGCAACGGCACCUUCGAAGCUCUCAGCCUAUCUCAACCUAUUUGGUGAUUUUGUCCACAACAUUGGCUUACCUGCUGGCACCAGCAUGGCCGCAUCCUUCUAUUCUUCCCCCCUCAUCGGAGCGACUACUACGCUUGCAUGCUUUGCCCACGAAAUUCCUCAUGAAAUUGCGGACUAUUCUAUUUUGGUGCGUAGUGGAUUCACCAAAAGGCAAGCUAUGCAAUCGCAGUUCAUAACUGCCAUUGGUGCAUUUGUGAGUACCUACCAUACAUUCAUGGGAAUCGCCAUCCAUAAUUUAUCGGCGUCCGGCACCAUUGCAGAGUCAUUAGACCUUGCCGCAGGGGUGCGGCAAGACGCUUCCGGGAUCUUGGGUACUACUGUUCAACCAGCGGAUCUGGUGAUUGCAAUCACUCUGCGGGAGUUCGGUGCGAUGGCCUUUGGAGUGCUUUGCAUGUUCUUUGUAGCAUGGAACGAAUGAUUGUGCUCGCACGUUUAUUAAUAUGGAGAUUCGGAGGCUGAAUCCCGGCCACAGAACUCAUGUAGAUAUUAAAUAUCACGAAGGUACUACGGCGCACAGAUCGUUUCAAGCUGUGACGAUCAAGCGGAGAUGGUGUAGACAGUCAUACCAUGAAUAUUUUUUUUAUAUACCAUUCUUCUGAUACACGAUGGCAACAAGAAUCUCGGAAGGUUCA